AUGUGGGGCGAACUUCUCGCUCGCGCCAGUGAAGAUGGCAGUAUCCCAGCGAUCACUGAGCCAUGGCCGGUCAAAGAUAUUGUCUACGUUGCCAUUGUCGGCACCCUCAUGGUCGCAGCAUUACUCGAAUGGUUUCUGUGGCUGGCCGCGUUUCUUUACUGCCUAGUCAAGGUAUUCCAAAAGGCGGAGAAUAUAGCGACACGGUUUAUGGCGAUAAUAAUGAUGGUCCUUUUCACCGGGUUUAGAGGCAUUUUCCUUCCGAUUAUGGUGGUCACCUUGCCACUCCCGUCGCAGGUUACCCAGCACUUCCCUAUCAUGAUGGUCACGUUCCUGCAAUGGUUCGCUUUCUGGUCCUUUGCCGGUCUCCUCACCAUCCCGUGGCUCUUCUGCGUCUACCAACUGGUCACCCACUCACUUGGCCGCACAAGCCGCAUCAAGCACGUCCUCGACGAGCAAUCGGCACCGAAGGUGGUGAUCGUCAUGCCAUGCUACCAGGAAAUCCCGGAAGUGCUCAUUCGAACCGUCGAUUCGAUCGUCGAUUGCGAAUACCCCCCGUCGUGCAUGCACGUCUUCCUAUCCUUCGACGGCGACCAAGAGGAUGAAUUGUAUCUGAACACGAUCGAGAAAUGCGGGGUACCACUUACCCUCGACACGUAUCCGAAGAGUAUCGAUGUCGUCUACCGGAACACGCGCAUCACCAUCUCCCGGUUCCCGCACGGCGGCAAGCGACAUUGCCAGAAGCGGACGUUCCGACUCAUCGACCGAAUUUACACCGAAUACCUGAAGCGAAAUGACAAUCUGUUCAUCCUCUUCAUCGACUCCGACUGCAUCCUGGACAAGAACUGCAUUCAGAACUUCAUGUACGAGAUGGAGUUGAAACCCGGAAGCAAGAAGAACAUGUUGGCCAUGACGGGGGUCAUCACGUCGACCACCGAGAAGAACUCGCUAAUCACGCUGCUGCAAGACAUGGAAUAUAUCCAUGGCCAGCUAUUCGAGCGAUCCGUGGAAUCGGGAUGCGGUGCCGUCACUUGCUUGCCCGGUGCCUUGACCAUCCUACGAUUCUCCGCCUUCCGACGAAUGUCGAAGUUCUAUUUCGCCGACAAAGCCGAACAGUGCGACGACCUGUUCGACUACGGAAAAUGUCACUUGGGCGAAGAUCGAUGGUUGACCCACUUGUUCAUGAUCGGGGCGAAGGAGCGAUAUCAGAUCCAGAUGAACACCGGUGCCUUCUGCAAAACCGAGGCCGUGCAAACCUACGCCAGUUUGUUGAAGCAACGACGACGAUGGUUCUUGGGCUUCAUCACUAACGAAGUGUGCAUGUUGACGGACGUUCGACUUUGGCGACGGUAUCCCAUUCUCUGUAUCGUGCGAUUCAUGCAGAACACUAUUCGAACGACCGCGCUGCUAUUCUUCAUCAUGGUUAUCUCGUUGCUGACCACCUCGCAACGUAUCGAUCAGCUCCCUGUCGGCUUCAUCGCCGUGUCCCUCGGUCUUAACUGGAUUCUCAUGCUCUACUUCGGCGCCCGCCUCGGCCGUUACAAGAUCAUGCUGUACCCGGUCAUGUUUCUCAUCAACCCCUUCUUCAAUUGGGUCUACAUGGUCUACGGCAUUUUCACCGCCGGUCAGCGGACCUGGGGUGGCCCUCGGGCUGAUGCUGGCAAGGCCGACCCCAACACGACGCCACAACAGGCCAUCGAGCACGCUGAAGCGACCGGCGACGACCUCAACAUCAUUCCGGAGACGUUCAAACCGGCCAACGCGGAGACCGCCGAAGUUGGAGAUAAACCGGCGCACCAUCGCCCGGCGCAAAUGGCUCUCCAGCCGUCCGACAGGAUCGUGGGUCGCUUCGACGCCGCGCAACCGGUGGCCGGUGGCUGGUACCAUCAUCCGAACGAUUCGGGUCUCACCAUCCCCGACCAUUUCAAUCGAAACCAAGGCGUUCCCCGGAUCCCGCUGCAUCCCCGCACGUCGAUCGAUUCCCUGGCAUCGGCCACCUCGGCCGGCAACUCCAUCUACAUCCCCCGCCGCGUCGAGUCCUUCCUUCCCCCGGAAGAUGCCCGAUUAUACCACAGCCGCCAGGCGGAGCAACGUCCCGCCGGUGGCGCCUUUUACGAGAGCGACCAUACCACCCGACCCUACGGCGGUGGUAACCAUCCGGGCAACAAAGGCAGCCAUCCCUACGGCGGCGCCCCGAAGACCGAGUUCAGCGAUAGCAUUGAAUCUCUCAACUCGCCCGAGUCUCCCACCAUGGGCAUCUCUUUCGACGACAAGCAUGGCCCCCCCUCUCGACCCCAACCCCGAUCAUCCUCGCCAACCGCACCACACUCCGCGCAACCCCGCCACAAUGCCUCUCCUCGAUCACAAUCCCCCGUCCAGUACAGCAACCAGCGACCUCGGUCGCGCUCCCCUGCGCGCUCCCUCGCCGCACGACAAGCCCUCGGCCAGUCCGGCCUCAACCCCGACGCCAACCUCGGCGUCCCGUCGAACUCCGCUAGCAACCGCUCCAGCCGCAGCCCGCUGGCUCGCCAGAGCUUCAUGCACACGGCGCCGGGCGGCGAAACCGAGGGCGCGCCCGCACCGCGCAUGGUAGCGAUUGAAAUGGACGAGAACCCGGCGCAUCCGCACGCGCCACCGACCUUCGCUCCCACGCGAGACGACGCCUCGACGCACUCUCGUGAGGGAAGUCGGAGUCGGAAUCGGGCGGGCGGGUACGAGAGCGACGGAUCGGUGACAGAGAUGGCGGCGCCGCGGCGGCCGUUCGCGGAGGCGGCGGAGCGGAGGGGGAGUAGUGGGGGUGGGAGUGUGGGCGGGGCUACGGAGAGCGGAGGGGAGGGGAGCGGGGAGAAGAGGAGGAGAAAGCGGUUGACGAAGCAGUAUCCCGGUGGGGGAAGUCGGGGGUCGUAG